AUGUCAGACUUGAAAGCCACUCUGUCUCAAGCACUACCAUCAGUUAUGGCACCGGUACAGAAAUCAGAGAAGAAUGGAGAAGUCGAAAAGCAGCAGAAGAAACGUGGUCGACCUAAAGGUUCAAAAAAUAAAUCGUCUCUGAUAUCGACUUCAAACUCUAAGAAGAAUGGAGAAGCACAGGCGAAGCGUGGUCGUCCCAAAGGAGCAAAAAACAAGUCUACCGUUCCUUCGUCCAAAAUUAUAAAGACUAAGAAAAUUGUCAAGACGAAGAUGGCCGAAAAACGAGGUCGGCCCAAGACGAAAACGAAUGCAGAAUAUCCCGUGAAGUUCGUCGACCUUGUCCUCGGGGCCUUCAAAGCUUUAAACAACAGCAAAGGAUCGUCUCUUCAAGCCGUCAAGAAAUACCUGAAGGAAAAUAAUGGAAUUGAUUCGCAGAAGAAGGCUAUUUACAUUAACAAGUCUGUACGAAAGUUGACGGAAGAGGGAACACUACGUCAUCGUGUUGGGAUUGGGGCCAGAGGAACAUUCAAGGUGGUUUCAGCAUAA